UUCUGCAGCAGGCAGAGAGGCCCAGUUUUAACGAUGGAGCAUUAAUCGAGCGUUUAGUUGGACGGGGGGAAAAAAAGAAAAAGAGAUCAAGCUAAACACGAGAUAAUUGGAUAAAGGGACAUAAAGACAAAAGCAGGAGUUGUGCAUCAAGCAUUAACUUGCCUGCCAGCAUGUCGGUGGAAACUGCCCCAGACGAAACCAUGAACUCCACUCCAGCGCCAACCCUACAGAACCUUGCGGUUCCUCCCCCAGCCUCGAAGGCUGAUCCAGCUCCAAACCCACACGCAGAGUCCUCGGAGCCUAAUUUGCAGCUGUUAGAAGAACCUGAACCAGCUCCUGGACCACCACCAGGCGCAAAUUCAGCCUUCAAGAUCAUGACCUUCAGGCCCACCAUGGAGGAAUUCCGCGACUUUGCGAAGUACAUUAUGUAUAUGGAAACCCAAGGAGCUCAUCGCGCCGGCUUAGCCAAGGUCAUUCCUCCUAAAGAGUGGAAGCCCAGGCGCUCCUAUGAGACCAUCGACGAGAUGGUUAUUCCCGCUCCCAUCAUGCAGGUGGUCACUGGUCAGUCAGGACUUUUCACACAGUACAACAUCCAGAAGAAGUCCAUGACUGUGGGCGAAUAUCGCAAACUGGCCAACAGCAAAAAGUACUGCACCCCUCAGCAUAAAGACUUUGAUGAUCUGGAAAGAAAAUACUGGAAGAAUCUAACAUUUGUAUCACCGAUCUACGGUGCAGAUAUCAGCGGCUCACUAUAUGAUCCUGACAUAACAGAGUGGAACAUUGGCCAUCUGAACACGCUGCUGGACAUGGUGGAACAGGAGUGUGGGAUCGUGAUCGAGGGCGUUAACACCCCCUACCUCUACUUCGGCAUGUGGAAGACCACAUUCGCCUGGCACACGGAGGACAUGGACCUCUACAGCAUCAACUACCUGCAUUUCGGCCAGCCCAAGUCCUGGUACGCCAUUCCUCCUGAACAUGGCAAGAGGCUAGAAAGACUGGCAAAAGGCUUUUUCCCUGGCAGCUCUCAGGGGUGUGAUGCAUUUCUUCGUCAUAAGAUGACUCUUAUCUCUCCCUCCAUCCUGAAGAAGUACAGCAUCCCUUUUGAUCGAAUCACACAGGAAGCAGGCGAGUUCAUGAUCACAUUCCCAUACGGCUACCACGCAGGGUUCAACCAUGGCUUCAACUGUGCCGAGUCAACCAACUUCGCCACGCUGCGCUGGAUCGACUAUGGCAAAAUGGCCAUGCAGUGUACGUGUCGGAAGGACAUGGUGAAGAUCUCCAUGGAUGUGUUCGUGCGCUGCUUGCAGCCAGACCGCUAUGAGCUGUGGAAGAAGGGCAAGGACACAGCUAUCCUGGACCACCAGAAGCCCACCAUACUGACCAGCCCUGAACUGGAGCACUGGAGGAAGAACAGAGUGACCUUUAGGGAGAAACAGCUCCGCAGAGCUCAGCAGAAAAUAAAGCAGCUACGCCGACUGAAGCCUGAAGAAAUUAAAUUGCUGUCUGACGAGGGAAUCGAGCUGGACAUGACUGAUUAUCAGAAGCGGGUGGAGGAGAAGGAGGCCCAGAGGAAGCAGCAGAGGGAGGAGAAGAUGACCAGAGAGGCCAUGCUUACUCUGGAGGCCCUGGAGAGGGAGGAACGGGAGGCAGCACUGCGAGGAGGCGCAACUUCCCAGCAGCCCGAAGCUGAAAAGGAGCCCGAGCAGCCAAAUGAACAAGAGCAAAAGAAAAAGAAGAAGAAGAAAAAGGAAAAGCCACCUGAGGAGAGCAGCUUCCAGCAGGCGUUCAAGCAUUACGCAUUGUCCAAGGCGAACGAGACUCAGAGUAACCGAGGCACAGUCAUCGGCAGCUCAGAGCCCAGCUUACAGAACAACUCGUACCCAAAAAUGAAGAUGAAGGUGGAGGUGAAGAAGAGUCGCAGACAUCCCUUCAGCAAACCACCCAUGCGCACACCCACUUUCAUUGUCAAACAGGAGGCUUCCAGCGACGAAGAGAUGUACUCAGGGCUGUCGGUAGGUGGGGCAGUGGAGCAGGAAGUGAAGAAGCAAGAGCACUGUCACUUGUGGCAAACCCUUUCACCUGACUUUGUGGCAGAGAAGCAUUUUAAUGCUGGUAUGGCCACUCUGGAGCCACACUGCGCUGUCUGUACGCUGUUCUGCCCAUACGCACAGCCUCAUAAGGACAGCCAUCCCGUCUCUGGUAUUUCCAUGUCUCGGUGUGGCGAACAGACUCGGCCCCUCGUGCCUGAGAUGUGUUUCAGUGCCGGCAUGGCGAACACAGAGCCACUUCCCUCCAGCGCUGAGACGAGCACACUGCUUUCUUGUUCCUGUUGCAACCUGCAGGUCCAUGCCAGUUGCUAUGGCGUUAAGCCUGACACUCCACAAGAAAGCUGGAUGUGUUCUCGCUGUUGUACAGUGGCCUGGACAGCAGCCUGUUGUUUGUGUAAUCUGCGAGGAGGUGCUUUGAAGAUGACCACAGACAACAGGUGGGUGCACGUGAUUUGUGCCAUUGCAGUGGCCGAGGCUCGCUUUGUUAACGUUGUGGAGAGAGGGCCAGUCGACGUGUCUGCCAUCCCAGACACCAGGAAAAGUCUCAAGUGCAUCAUCUGCUACAAGACCACGAAGCAGAUCUGCGGGGCGUGUAUCCAGUGUUCGUACGAGAACUGCUCCACCUCCUUCCAUGUCACCUGCGCGCACCUGGCUGGUGUGGUGAUGAAGCCCGCAGACUGGCCGUACGUCGUGUCCGUCACCUGUCACAAGCACAAACAGAUCAACGUGAAGAGAUUUGACAGUGCGUGUCGUGAUGCGUCUGUGCAGCAGGUGAAGGCGACCUCGCGUGAACUGUCUCUGGGUCAGCAGGCCAUCGGCAGGAGCAGCGACGGCUGGUUUUAUCGCUGCACCGUCAUUGGCAUCGGCUCACAGACUUACUAUGAGGUCAACUUUGAUGACGGCUCCUACUGCGAUAACGUCUACCCUGAGAAUGUGCUGAGUCAUGACUGUUUGCAUAACGGCCCUCCUGAACUUGGUGAGCUGAUGGUCAUAAACACGAUAGAUGGACGUGUUCUUAACGCCUCCUUCGUCAAGGAACAUGUGCACAGAUUUUACCAGGUGGAGUUUCAGGAUGAGACCCAGCUGUUGUUGAAGCAGAGUGAGAUUCAUUCCCUCAAUCAGGACCUGCCUAAGAGAGUGCUGUCUCGUCUGGCAACCGUGAACACUGGUGAGUCUCAGGACAAAGCAGGUGACGAGCCCCAGGCCGCAAAGCGUCCGCGUUUGCCCGUUCCUCCCACCACGGCAGCUAUGGAGUCCCUCGAUGCCCCUGUCCUGCAGCAGGGGAGCUCCAGUGUCAACCCUUACUCAGGCUUCAGUGUUAACACCGGUACCAGCGCAGCUCCCUGCCUCUCUACCCAGUCAGUACCCAAUUCCACCGCGGUACCCACUGAUGAGAGCUACACACACAGCUCGAGCUACAUCGCCUACAUGGAGUCUCUGCUCAACUCGGACUUCCCUCCAGAGGACAGCGAGCAGGCUCAGGGCUCCAUGUAUUAGUGCUGAUACGCACUCUGAGGACAACCUACUGCAUGUUUGUUUACUCUCUUGCUGUUCUUUUCUUUUCUUUUUUUAAACCCUGACCACUACAUAUGGUCAGGCCAUAGGAAGAGAGAGUGAGUGAGUGUGUGUGUAUGCGCGCGUGCUUUCUGGGUGUCCAGGGCCACUGUCCCUCAUGCAUUAAAUCCUUUCUCAUCCCUUGUACGUUCUCUCGCUCAUGGAGAGAAAAAUGGACACGUUUUUUGGACUGAUUAAUGUGCAACACACUUUAUACUGAAGCCUAUCAAUCCAGUUUGAAGUAUUUUUCUAAGUUGAGCCACAACACACACACACAUACCUAUAUGCUAAUGAAUUGGACAGUGCAAAUGGACAGUCUGUUCCUGUACAGGAUUUUUUUUUUCUCUGUGUUUUGAAGGGGCAGGUGGUUGAGGAUUUCGGUGGGGUGGGGGGUUAAAUCGGGGUUUAACUCAAGUAUUUAAACGUCUUUGACACAUAGAUUUAUUAUUUGUAUAAAGCAAAUACAGCGCCGUUAGAUGCUCCACUCUUAUGCCUGAGAGUCGGUGUAGAGGUGAUGUGUUUAAGAAUUCUUGUUAACGCUUAUAAUCGAUAUGUCAUGGUGUACUUUCAGUGCUGGGUGUCUGGGCUUGUUUUGUAGCAGACUUCGUUAAAAAAAAAAAGUGUAGACUUGAUUAUCUAUGAGCUUUACUGUUCACUUUGUCUACUUUUAUUACUAUCGCAGUCUUUUUGCUGUUAUCAUUUCUAGUCGGGAUGCACCAAUCUCAUAUUCCGAUAUGAUGCUGAUUCUGAUAUCCCAAAAGCCGUUUGCCCCGUAAGGACGCACGACUCGUCGCUAUCGUCUUUGAGAUAUUGAUGUACUUAAGGACCUAAAGAUGUCCACAAUUUCACCCCUAAUCAAUUAGCAAAGACGUGUCUCACCCAAUAUAAUGUUUCUGCUGCUCGUUCUGUAUCUCGCAACACACUGAGGAAAGCGCUAUCUGCCCUCUUCUGCAUACAUGAGCUCACAGAUGCUUCUGAUUGGCUCGUGUCACUGUGAGUGAGUGGAGACCGAGUACACCAUCUGUCCCACCCAGAGAGUACAACCAGUUUUGCUCUCUUGGACUCGCAACCACAGCAUUCUUUGGAUUUGAAGUCAUGAUCUCCUGCUGAUAAGGUGAACUUUUUUCUGUUUUUUUUUUUUUUUUUUGUGCGAGAUAGACUUGCGUCAGCUUGGUCGCCCCAGCACCCAGCUAAAUAAGAAAUUAUUGGACACGAAACACACUCGAGGUGGAACGAUGCGUACGUUUUUGAUUUUUCCCUGAAGCGUUCCUUGAAUAGAACAGCGAUCCGAAAUUAGAAGCCGUUGUGAAUACCAAAAUGGAAAUUGACGGUCAGUAUUGUACAUUCAUGCACAAAUAUAAAUCUGACACCAUUCAGGUCAACAUCAGCAUGAUACUGAUCCUCUGUGUCAUCGGUGCAUCCCUAGUUUCUAUUGUACUUACCAUUUUGGUGAACAGUUCAUUAAGAAUAGAGGCACAGGUUACCUUUUUUUGUGUGAAACCGUGUAGGUUGUAAAACCCUGCAUACAGUUAGCAUUAAAGUUGUGUUCAGGCUUUCUCAAGGUGCUACAAAAGUCUGAGAGGCUUUGAAUCACACCCAUAAUACACACACAUGGUGUACAUACCAUAAGCCCUGCUCAUUUAUAGAGCUAUACAUUAUAGAGUCCUAUAGUGUCAUAUACAUUAGGUAUGUCCUAUAUCAUUUUAUACUUCUUUCUGUCUGUUUCUCACUUGGAUGGUGCAUUUUAGUCUCCCCCCAACCCACACACACACAUGCACGUACACACACUCCAUUAGAAGAUGGUGACGGACAGCCUGGCAAACCAAAGAGUUUCUGAAUAAGGCAGUGUUAUGUCGAAUUUUCCCCAUCGAGCUCAGAGCUGUUUGAGAGAUCCUCUUUUCUCCAUUUUCUUAUCCCUCUGCUAAAAGCAGGUGCUGCAUGGGCGUGGUUAGUUCUAGAUCCAAAACCAGCACCAUGUAAUCUGGCUUACGAGAUGACCAACAGUGCUGGUUUCAGAUCCUAGAACCUUAUUGUUCCACGAAAGAUGAGCUAUCUCUCAGCCAUCUAAAUCAGUUCUAGCAGGAAAUUGCUGCUGGACCAGGAAGCAGUGAUGUCAUGUGCAUGGAGGCAUUGUCAUAUCUUCCCCAUAUCAACAGACGACUAUUGAAAUAAAUCCUGAAAUUUGUGGUGUGUUUUAAAAUUAUUGUUGGGGGGGAUAUUUUCCAAAUUGGAUAUUUCCUGUUUAUUUGCCAUAUUAACUGAAUGGGAGUUACUUUAUUAAUGCUAAUGCUAAUUAAACGUUGUCAUAAAGCAUUUAUCUGCCAUCUUGUGCAUGCAUGUUUAUAAUUAUCUCUGUGUGCACCAUAGAUUACAUUCAUAAAGCCCUAGAUAAGCAACAAAGUGGAGUAUGCACUACUGAGGGAACACUCCCCGAAGUACUCCAUAGACUUGCAUUGAAUUUUACUGACUUUAAAAUGCCUUAUGUAUAAAUACCAUAAUAAAUGCAUUGUUCUUUGCAUUUUCUGAAUAUAAUAAAUGAUUAUUUAUAUAACGAUACGCUUACUUGCUUGGAAAACAAAAAAAAAAGUCUUACAAUUACCCAAGUCUGUAAUACAACGGUAGUGUCGUAUGCACUCGUGAAAAUGGCAAAAUAUGUCUGUCUGUCUUUCUGAGCUGGGACUGCUCAGACAAAUGGAGCAUUCGCUAACUUUAGACACUGUACACAAGUUAAAAAGUGGCUCGUGACUUUAAAAUAACGUUUACCUGAAGUCACGUUUUAAAGAUCUCGACACAGCACUUAAAUUUAGUGUUCUGGAGGAAAAAAAGUGCAGAAAUGGAGUCCCAACGUAGCGGCCAAGUGUUUUAUGUAGCGGUAGAUAGAAUGAUGUCGUGAAGGAUCAGCUAUCUAGGUCUCUUAUAUGUAUAUUUAUGGUGUAGACACAGAAGGUAAAACUCCUCACUGGAAAUUUCAACAUUUGGCUCAUAAAAUGGUAGAAAAGUGGGCGGUCAUAAAAUGCUUCCUAGUUCCCCUAAACCUAAAAAGAAAUGGCCACAUCUGCUUCCCCUGCUCUCUGUUCUUUGAUUUCUCUCUCUCACAGCUUCAGAGUGGGGAUUUUCUAAGACUCCAUGUUACAUUCCUCCAUAUUUUCAACUUACAAGCAGGACUCGACUGGUCUCUGAUGUGAGACAGUCGCUCCUCAGCUUCUCUUGUCAUCUGUAUUCAAACGCACUGUUGCUCACUCGAUGCCGUUGAUUGUUUCACCGAGAUCACAGGCAGUUUUUGCCGAAAACUUUGUGCUCUGUGUUUCACUUCUUCAGUUUGCAAUAACUCUGUAACCUCUUGAAAAGGGUGACUUGACCCCCAGAUCACAUGUUCUGCCAUUCUGCUGUUUGUAGAUGUUCUUGACUUACAGAAACUAUGGGAUAAAUUCUAUUAAAAUGUGAAGUGAA